UAUUUAAUAAUUACUUUAUAUUGACACUCGUUUCUGUUCCGAUUUUUUUUUCCCCUCCCUCCCUCCACCCCCUCCCCUAGAUGGCAAGCAGUCCUUUAUAUGUUGGAUAUGUUGCAGUAUAUCCUAGAUACAAUAUAUGUUUGCAGAACCGAACAGUUCUCUUGUUGCAUAGGGAGAAUUGGAUUCAGAAGGUAUAAAUGACCCGGGAAGAAAAACAAAAAUGCAGAUAGUUCACAUUCGUUUCCCAGUGUUCUUUCUUUGGGUGUAGCUGCUUUUGUCUGUCAUUUAUCAAUUGAAACUCAGGUCUCUUUGUCAAAGAAAUUCACUUCCAUCAAAAUAUGUCCUCAUACAAUAUUGUUGUCGAAGUGUAUAAUGAUCUCCUGGUUCUGCAGAGCUUUAUUUUCUAUAGAAUUUUCCUCACGAUUUCAAUAUAGAAGAUGUAAAACCAAGAAUCGUGUAGGAUCUAGUUCAAAUCCCCGUUCUGGCGCCUAAUAGUUGUAUGAUCAUGGUUAUUGUCGAUUUACUUCUCGGACCUCAGUUUUCUCGUUUGUAAAAUAAGGGGAAUGUGCUAAAUAACCUUUAAAGUUUCUUCCUAAUCCAGAAUCCUCUGGUCCUACGAAUGAAUGAGAUAAAUGAUAAAUAUAAAGAUGACAACCAGGGAAAAUGGAGAAGGGAGAAGGAUAAUAGAGAAAAGGAUCCAAUGAAUAGGGGAGCGGGAGGAGAAGGAAAAAAGAAACUUGAGAAAUGGAUGACAGUGAGAAAGAAUGAAUAGGGAAAAGGAGAGAAGAAAAGGGAAGGGGAGAGAAAAUGGUAAUGAGGGGGGGAAGGGAGAGGAAAAGGAAGACUAUGAGGAAUGGGGAAAGGAAGAGAGUAAGUGCAGAAAAGGAUGCCAGUUGGAAUCGUUGAAAAAAGAAUAUGAGGAAAAGGAGGAGAGGAAAACUAGAGAAUAUCAUGGGAAACUAGGGGGAAGACAGGAAGAGAAAACAAUGGUGCUGAAAGAAGAGACAAAGAAAGAAACAGAGGGAGGGAGAAGAGGAGAGAAGCGGAGGGGGGAGAAAGGAGAGAUAAAAGACAGGGGGAGAUAGACACAGAGACUAAAGGAGAAAGGGGAAGAAAGGGAGGAAGGAAAGGAAAACAGACAAAAUGAAAGAGAGGGGGGAGAGAGACGCAAAAAGAGAAGAGACAGAGUCAGAGAGACAAAGAGAUAAGAGAGGGACAGAGACUGAGUUAGGGGAAGUAUUAGAAAGAGACAGAGGGACAGAGACGGACAGAGAAACAAAAAUUAACAACUAGAUAGGAAGUGGCCACGGAGAAGAAAAAGAAAGAUAAAAAGAAUGAUAAAGGGAGGAAACAAGGCAAGAGGAGCUAGAGUUUAGGGUUCGAUGCAUUCGGCGCUCGCCCGCUCCGCCGUCAGUUACUCCGGGCUGGGCACGAGCUCGGGCACGCGCGGCCUCCCUCCCUUCCUCUCUCGCGGGCACACGCCGCCGGCAGUCUGGGAAGUGCGGGCCUGAGCCGCGACCAUGUACCGGUUCCUGGGUGCCGUGACGCGGCGAGCGAUGGCCCCCGACAGCUGGGGCGGGCAACGACGCUGGUACCACCAGCGGUCCAAGUGGACUCUGGGGCACGGCUGGGUCGGCGGACUGGGACUGGGCUUAGGCCUGGCGCUCGGGGCGAAGCUGGUGAGCGGACUGAGAGGCGCGAGUCCUACGCCGAGUCCCGGGGCGCCGGGGCCGGACGAGUCACUUCAGGUCGAGCCUCUGAGCCCGAUCCCCGCCCUGCUCCCCCGGCAGCAGUCAGCGCCGCCGCAGCCUCCACCUCCUGCGCGCUUCUCCAGAGCUAUCGAGAACAGUAGGGACCUGCUGCACCGGAUCAAGGAUGAGGUGGGAGCACCAGGCAUAGUAGUUGGAGUUUCUGUAGAUGGAAAAGAAGUCUGGUCAGAAGGUUUGGGUUAUGCUGAUGUAGAGAACAGAGUUCCAUGUAAACCAGAAACGGUGAUGAGAAUCGCUAGCAUCAGCAAAAGUCUUACCAUGGUGGCUAUUGCUAAAUUAUGGGAAGAAGGCAGAUUGGAUCUUGACAUUCCAGUACAGAAAUAUGUUCCUGAAUUUCCAGAAAAAGAAUAUGAAGGUGAAAAGGUUUCUGUCACUACAAGAUUAUUGAUUUCUCAUUUAAGUGGAAUUCGCCACUAUGAAAAAGAUAUGAAAAAAGUGAAAGAGGAGAAGGCUUAUAAAGCUUUGAAGAAGAUGAAAGAAACAAUGGAAUUCAAUCAAGAGAAAGACUGGAAAGAAAUAGGAGGCAAAAAUAAUGAAAAGGGUGACUUUGCCAAAACUAAGAUGGAGCAGGAUAGUGAAACCAAAUGCCGAAAUCCAAAACUUGGCAAGAAAAAGAAUGAUUUUGAACAAGAUGAAUUAUAUUUGAAAGAAAAGUUUGAAAAUUCAAUUGAAUCUCUAAGGUUAUUUAAAAAUGAUCCUUUGUUUUUUAAACCAGGUAGUCAGUUUUUGUACUCAACUUUUGGAUAUAGUCUGCUAGCAGCUGUUGUAGAAAGAGCCUCAGGACAGAAGUAUUUGGACUACAUGCAGAAAAUAUUCCACGACUUGGAUAUGGUAACAACUGUACAAGAAGAAAAUGAACCAAUGAUUUACAAUAGAGCAAGGUUUUAUGUUUACAACAAAAAGGGACGUCUUGUCAACACCCCUUAUGUGGACAACUCCUAUAAAUGGGCUGGUGGUGGAUUUCUUUCUACAGUUGGUGACCUUCUUAAAUUUGGGAAUGCAAUGCUCUAUGGGUAUCAAAUUGGAAUGGUUAAAAACUCAAAUGAGAAACUUUUGCCAGGGUACCUCAAGCCAGAAACCAUGGUAAUGAUGUGGACUCUGCCAAACACAGAGAUGUCUUGGGACAGAGAGGGGAAAUAUGCAAUGGCAUGGGGUGUUGUGGAAAAAAAGCAAAUAUAUGGUUCAUGUAGGCAACAACGACAUUAUGCUUCUCACACUGGAGGUGCAGUGGGUGCUAGUAGUGUCCUCCUGAUUCUUCCUGAAGACUUGGAGGUAGAACCUACAGAUAACAGGAUAGCCAUUCCCCCAAGGGGAGUGAUUGUUACCAUCAUAUGUAACAUGCAGUCUGUUGGCCUCAAUAGCACUGCCUUAAAAAUUGCACUAGAAUUUGAUAAAGACAAAUCAGACUGAUUCAUUAAGCACCAAAUGUGGGAAAUUUAAAUAACAUUACACUUAACAAAAGUACCAAAAGACAUAAAACUUUUAAGAAUGAAUUUGUAAUAGGAAAUAAACAAUGCAGAGAAUUAUGUACCUAUUAAUUGUUUUAACUUUUUAUAAACAUAUUUAGCUUUUUGUGGAAUUAGUUCUUUAUGCUCAGGGAAGUAACUUAAUGGUUUUUACUUUUUUCAAAAAGUGUUAAUUCAUUGAAAUAAAGUAUUCUAGUAAAAA